GACGCAUGCGCACUCGGCUCCACAACUCUCCAGUCCCGUCCACAGGCGCAGACAUCAACAAGAGAAGCGGGUUACUGAUGCGGGUUGAUUUUCAUAAUAGUCACAUCGUAACGACGCGCUGCGGGGACUUGAGACUCGUUAGAGCUUCACGCAACUUGCAAACAAGAUGUUUGGCUUUCACAAGCCGAAAAUGUACAGGAGUUUGGACGGCUGCUGCAUCUGCCGCGCAAAGUCAUCCAGCUCUCGUUUUACUGACAGCAAGCGCUACGAGAAAGACUUCAGGAGCUGUUUUGGGUUGAGUGAAACACGAUCUGGAGACAUCUGCAACGCCUGCGUGCUCCUUGUAAAACGAUGGAAAAAGCUUCCUGUGGGAACCAAGAAAAACUGGAAUCAUGUUGUUGAUGCCAGAGGGGGUCCCAGCCUAAAGAUAACUUCCAGGCCCAAGAAGAUAAAGUCCAUCUCCAAGAAAGCGCGGCCGAGUCAGAUCAGCAGGCUGCAGAAGGAGCUUAAAAGAAAUAAUUCAGACGCCCACAGCACCACCUCCAGUGCCUCUCCGGCUCAGUCUCCCAGCUACAGCAACCUGUCAGAUGACGGUUCUGACACCGAGCUCAGCCCAGGAUCCAGCCGCUCACCUGUUUUCUCAUUUCUGGACCUCACUUACUGGAAGAGGCAAAAGGUGUGCUGUGGAAUAAUCUACAAAGGCCGCUUUGGCGAGGUGCUCAUCGACCCCCAUCUGUUCAAACCGUGCUGCCGCAACAAACAGCGACAGCAGCAGCAGCGACAGGAGGAGGAGGAAGAGGAGGACGAGGAGGAGGACGAGGAGGAAGAGGUGGAGGUCGAGGACGGCCAGGUGGGUGUAGAAAAAUCCCAGAUGGAAGUAGAAGUGAAGGAGCUACCUGCGCGCGAGGGAAACGCGGAGCCGGCUCAGCUGUGCGUUACCAUGACGACGGCAGCAACCCGGAGCGAGGCGGUGACGGAGGAAGGGUGGUGAAGCCGACGCCUCCCGUGCUCACAUCUCUGAAGAAAUCUUGGGGUGCUGUCUUUUCUCUGUCGAGCAAGAAGUUGCCUCAGAUUGCCUUCAAUCAUAAAGCAGCUGAAAAUCCUUUGGUCUUCUCUAUAAUAACGUUGGAGGAUUGUUUUAUUAUGUUUAAAUGGUAACUUAUGGACUGUUGUGUUUCCACUUUGUCUCUUUUUUUGUUUCUUUUGUAUUUAAUAUUCUCGGACCAUCAUCCGUGGUGUUAUUGAUCUACUUUAGAUGAAAAUGCUGGAGCUCUGGUUUUUGCUGGUACAUUUAACAAAACUUUAUUCCAAAACGCAAUAGAUCCACUUAUUUGCAGAAAAAAAAGGUGCUACUUGAAAUCCAUUACUCAUUUAACAUUUCAACAGCUGAACCCGUUCUCAGUGUGGAUAUUUUCGAAGCAUAUAUGUUCAGAUGACUAAUAUAACGCUGUCUUUGUGAAGAGUAGAUAUCUCUCUCUUUUUUUUUUUGAAAUGGUGGAUAUCCCGUUUUGGAAUGAAUGACACUUUCCACUGACGGAGCACAGACCUGUACAGUAGCCCUUGUGUUUCUCUGUCUGCUCACUAUGACAUCCACUCCUAUCAAAGAGUUUCUGUUUGUAGACUGGAUUAGCGUUUCUGUGUGCAAAUCCGUACGUGGGUCCCAUUCAAAUAAGGCCUAUUCACAGCUUCAACAGCACAUACACCAGCCUUAAUGAUGUGUUACAGACAGCGCUAGUGUUAAUUCUGGAUUGGUAUUAAGGAACAAAAAGGGACAGUAGCUAUAUUUAUCGUGGCCUCAGCAACACACAGUGCAUUUUGCAUGAAUGGCAAGCCCACUCAUCCAAAAGACCUAACAAUCUGAUGCAUGAGUCUUCUAAAAAUUUGCAUGGCCUUAUAGAAAUUGUAAAUCCUACUUUUAUUUUUUGGAUCCAUUUCUCUGAAGUUUUAACUUAUUUUUAUAUGUAAAAAAAGAAAAAGGAAAAAUAAAAUUGUCUUUCCAUAAUAAUACCACACAAUAACAGUAAAACAGAAAAUCGGUCUAUAGUCAUUCAGCAAUAUCAAUAUCAGUGAUUUCCUUCAUUCCUGGGUCAGUAUAUGGUAAAUGACUUUAUACAAGUUGAAAUUCUAUGCCAUUGCCUCUUAUAUACCACAAAUGUGUUGUGAUAUAUAGCCUAAUAUUACUUUAUUUAUCAAAUGAAAGCCAAAGCACAUUGAAAUUCACCCAAUGUCAAAUCAAUGCAGGUUUUCUAUGGACACUUGUGCUUGUCCGAGGUCAUUUGUAUGUAUGUUUAUGGUAUUCAAAAAGAACACUAAUAUGAAAUUUCAUACAUGUGAUGUUGUAGUUGGGAGCAGAGGGGUGUGUUGUGUACAUAAAGGGUUGGGUGAGUCGAUACGGCUCUUAUAUAGGUUUCAUUAUUUAUUUAUUUUCUAUUUAUUUGUAUCACUGCAUCCCAGCUUAGAGGUGUUACACUAUGAAUUCUUUCCACCGUUAGCCUCCUGUGUAGUAUCUUUUUAUUCAUCAGAAAACGAAUGUAAUUCUCUCGCAGGCUUCGUUUAACAUUGCGUUGAAUUACUGGUUGUCAAUAUUUGUGAAAUGUUGUUAAGUAUUUAUUUACUCAUCAGUUGAGUUGCGUGCAACCUAACUUAUUCUGUAUCAUCACUUUGGAUCUGAAUAAUGUAGACUGAAAUGACUGAUAGAUUGCAACCAAACUGUGCUUCUCCCUUUUUACCUUGUAGCUUAAAAAUGUUAUGGAAUUGUAGGUUACCAUUGUAGGAUACCUUACUGUAGACUUGCAUGUACUGUCGCUAUGCAUUUACUUAGCUUACGAGUUAGACAAAGCGGUUUUGUAUUUUUUAUACAUCAUGUACUUUUUUUACUUGUCCCUUAAUAAAAGUAAUUUUGUGAGUUUUCUGGAAA